AUGUACGGAGACCAGGCAAACAAACUCAUCCUAGAAGCUAGGCGCUCCAACAAUCUAUCCGAGCUACCUUUGCAUCAACACACGCUAGUCAAAGAUAUAGUGGAGGAGAUUGGAGUACUCAAUAAAGACGUCGAGUAUCUCAAUGAACAGCAGUCAGUGGAGGAAAUUCCGGCUUCAGAGGCGCGUGUUCAUCAAUGUCAACUUUUUGUCACCCAUUUGUGUCUCCGACGGAACAAGAGAUGUCUAUUGGCGUACCAGAAGAUGAGGGCAGAUAAGAUAGCAGAGUUUCUGUGGCUCAACAUAGAUCCCGUAGCUGGAACUGAGACAACAGUGUCACAUCUGAAAGAAGACUCGGACUCACCGCUAAACAAUACUUUGAUGAGUAAGUUAGUUCUCCUGAACUUAAGUCAUUCCGAACAAGAAUACUACAAGCAGUAUCAGGAUUUAGUGCUCGAAUUUAAAAGUGGCUUUGCCGAUAUUGAUCUCUCGGGUGAUUUGGAGCCACCCACGGAUAUAUUCAUUGAUGUGCGUGUUCUCAAGAACGGAGGGGAGGUCCAGACUGAAUACGGCGUGUUCAACCUAAUAAAGGAUUCUCAGUUCUAUGUGCGCAAGCUGGAUGUUGACCGGCUCAUUCAACAGGGUUAUUUGGAAGAGAUAUAA